UACUCUACAGUCAUGAGGAGUCUGGUGGUUCUCGCUUUUGUGGUAGCUAGCGCAUAUGGAUGUGGGCUUCCCACUUUCCCUCCUGUGCUGAGCAGGGUUGUGGCAGGAGACGACGCUAGGCCUCACAGCUGGCCCUGGCAGAUCUCUCUCCAGUCGGACAGCAGUGGGCGCUGGAGGCACGUCUGUGGAGGCACCCUCAUCUCUCCUGAAUGGGUUCUCACUGCUGCUCACUGCAUCAAUAAACGCUAUAACUACAGAGUGGAGCUGGGUAAACACAGCCUGAAGACCAGCGAGGAGGGCUCAGUAGCUCUGAGGGCGGCCAAAAUGAUCACUCAUGAAGACUACAACGCCAUGCUCAGCCGUGACGACAUUGCCAUGAUCAAGCUGUCUUCCCCUGUCACCUUUUCUGACACAAUCAUGCCUGCCUGCGUCCCAGAGUCUGGCGUUGUCCUGCCCCACGGUGCUCCCUGUUAUGUCACCGGCUGGGGUCGACUCACUACCGGCGGUCCUGCCGCUGACAUCUUGCAGCAGGCUCUUCUGCCAGUGGUCGGCCACGAUAUCUGCUCACAGUCCGACUGGUGGAGCUUCCUGCUCACAGACAAGAUGGUCUGUGCCGGAGGUGACGGGAUCACCGCUGGCUGCAAUGGAGACUCUGGUGGCCCCCUCAAUUGCCGGAACCCUGAUGGCUCCUGGGAGGUCCAUGGUGUGGUGAGCUUCGGCUCUGGUCAAGGCUGCAAUGUCUUCCAGAAGCCGACGGUCUUCACACAAGUCAGCUCCUACAUAAACUGGAUCAACUCAGUGAGGAACAUGUUCAUUUUGUGAUUACCUUGCCAGCAUAAACAAUGUAACUUGAAGCCAACAAAGGCCUCGGCUCUCAAAAACAGGAAGUGUAUUGUAACUGUUUUCUAUUGUUUACUCCGCAGGUUAUGACCCGUAACUGAAGAAGCUGUUCAAGUGCUUUGGUCAGCAAUAUGAACAAC